AUGGCGCCCGUGGCGCGCCCCAGCCCCCCGGGCCCCCACCCAGGCCCCCUGGAAGCCCUCCGAGGCCUGGAGGUCGAGGAGGAGGUGGCCGGGGAGGCCGCCGCGCCGCGGCCCGCCGCCCGGAGCCCCUUCCAGACCGGCGGGAUGGACAUCACAACUGCGGGCGCGACCAGCACAUUCAUCGGCGGGGGCGUUAUGGCGACGGAGAAGACGAUCGUCGUGAUGCGGCACGGGAUGAGCACCUGGAACAGCGCGGGGAGGAUACAGGGCGCCAGCGACGAGCCGGAGCUCACACUGUUCGGGGAGACACAGGCGCUGCGAUGCCGGAAUGCCAUCAGCAGGAUUCCAUUUGACAGUUGCUUCUCGAGUCCCCUCAAAAGGGCUCGACAGUCAGCAGACAUAAUGUGGAAGGGCCAAGAGGGACCAUUAAUCCCAUUGCCCGAGUUACGAGAGGCACACCUUGGCUACCUGCAGGGAAUGAGGAAUGAGGAUGCAGCUGUGAAGCACAGUGAAGAGUACAGGGCUUGGAGGGAAACACCUGCCUCGUUCUGCAUUGAUGGGCGGUACCCGGUAAUGGAAGUCUUUGAGCAGGCGAAGAAGGCAUGGAAAGUCAUCCUCUCUGCAGAGGGAUCCACGCACCUUGUCGUCACCCACAAGUCUGUCCUGAGGGCCAUGCUCUGCACAGCGCUGGGCCUUACUCCUCAGAGUUUCAGGGCAGUGGAUGUCAACAAUGGGGGUGUCAGCGUAUUCAGGGUGAACAGAAGGGGGGAGCCCAUGCUGACUGCCCUCAACUUGACGACGCACAUGCAUCACGAUGAUGUGUACUACUGA